GGGCCGUCUUCCGUCGGGCUAAAGGCAGGCAUCCAGUUGACCAGAAUGAAUUGAUUACUGAUUCUGGCAUGAGCGGUCGAUAUGGCUCAGUUUCUGUCAAAGACUCAAAACACACUGAAGGGAUCCACACGGAGCAUUCAACACGGUUCGAGAAGCCGGCUAUUGAUGCAUGCCGCAUUGUAUCUGAGCGACAGUCAAUAGUCGCAAUUCCUUUUGAUGGCUGGAGAUUCAUCGAUUACACCAUAUUUGCAGUCAUUCAUUUGUUGUUUGCCAUCCGUGCCUCGAGGCGGGCACUCCCCACCCUCCGGAUGGGCUUCCGUGCCGGCGAAGGAGACCCGGUGAAGACCAUCGUUUUUCCUAAAUAGCAGAGGAUCUGCUCGAGUCGUGAGGCUGUCAAUCUCUGACGGGGCGGGGGAUUUCGCUACACAAGAUGUCUGAAUUAUUUGGACAGUACUCCUGGACAGUUGGAUGGGAUUUGCCUUUGUUUUUUUGU